AUGGUGCGACGGCUGCAGGGCGGCAGGUGCCGAGGCGGGCGAGGCUGCGGUCCCCCGACGGGGUGGGCGCUGGUGCUCCUGCUGCCGCUGUGGGUAUGCACGGCGGCCGGCGGCUCGGCGCCGGUAUAUAACCUUAGUUUGUCAGUGGACGAGGGGCUGCCGGCCGAGACGUUGGUGGGAGACAUCCGUGCGGGGCUGCCAGCUGGCGCAGGGCCGCCGGGGGGCUUUCUGCUGUCGGAAGGGAGCGGCGAGUCGGCGGUGCUGGCGGACUUUCACGUCCAGCCGGAGACGGGCAUCAUCCGCACAGCGCGACGGCUGGACCGAGAGCGGCGGGCCCGUUACAGCUUCGCAGCGGCUACGCUGCGCGGCGAGGUGGUGCAUGUGGAGAUCGCGGUCACUGAUGUGAACGACCACCCGCCGCGCUUCCCGUGGGACUGCCUGCAGCUCAACGUUUCCGAGCUCAGUCCGCCCGGCACCGCCUUCCGCCUCCCGGCCGCCCGGGACCCAGACGCCGGCCGCUUCGGCACGCAGGGCUACGCGCUGUUGGAGGAGGGCGGCGCGCCAGGUGAGCCGGCACUGUUCCAGCUGCGCUACGGGCACCCGGAGCCGCUGGAGCUGGUGCUGCUGCGGCGGCUGGACCGCGAGCGCGCGGAGGCGCACCGGAUGGUGGUGGAAGCAUGGGACGGUGGCAACCCCCGGCGCCGCGGCCGCCUGCAGGUGUCAGUGCGGGUGCUGGAUGAAAAUGAUAACGCGCCCACUUUUAGCCGCGCCGAGUACCGGGUGCGGCUGCGGGAGGACGCGGCCCCGGGCACUGCUGUCUGCCGCCUGUGGGCCACUGACCCCGACCUGGGCGCCAACGGCGAGGUGCGCUACGCCAUCAACCACCGUCAGAGCGACCCCGACGGCUACUUCGCAGUGGAGGAGCGUAGCGGCGUGCUGCUCCUCCGGCGCCCGCUGGACCGGGAGACGCGGUCCCUCCACCGUCUAGUCGUGGAGGCGCGGGACGGCGGCGCUGAGCCCGAGGUCUCCAGCGCCCUGGUCUCCGUGGUCGUGCUGGACGUGAAUGACAAUCGCCCCACCAUCCGCCUGCUCUACCUCACCGAGAGCGGCGACCCAUGGGUCUCCGAAGGGGCGCGACCCGGUGACUACGUGGCCCGCGUCUCCGUCUCGGACGCCGACGAGGCCAGUCGCGAGGAGAGCGACAGCAUCGCGCUAACCCUUCUGGGAGGUGACGGCACCUUCGCGCUGCGGCUGGCUGGUACUGGCAUCUUCUUCCUCUUCGUGGCGGGGCCGCUGGAUCGCGAGAGCCGCGACCUUUACGAGCUGCGGCUAGUGGCCACGGACGGCGGCGUGCCGCCGCUCUCCUCCGAGGAGUCGCUGCUGUUGCGUGUCGCCGACCUCAACGACGAGGCGCCCGUCUUCCCGCAGCCCCAUUACUGCACAGCCGUCUCCGAAGCCGCCUCUCCCGGCACUGAUGUGCUCCGCCUCAGCGCCUCCGACGCCGACGAGCCGGGCUCGCCCAACGCCGAGGUACGGUACGCGCUGGAGGGUGAGCCGGCCGUCCUGGCUCUGCUGCGCAUCGACGCGCGGACUGGCGUUGUCAGCACCCGAGCCCGCCUGGACCGGGAGCGGCAGGCGGCGCUGGAGCUGCGCGUCGUGGCGCUGGACGGCGGGCGCCCGCCGCUUUCCGCCACCUGCCGCCUCAGUGUCCGCGUGGAGGACGCCAACGACAACGACCCACGGUUCGAGCGGCAGCUCUACCGCGGCCGCAUGCCCGAGCACGCUCCCCUCGGCCGCUGCCUCCUCCAGGUCAAGGCAACAGAUGCAGAUGCUGACCAGUUUGGUGAAAUUGAGUAUUCUCUUUAUGAUGGAUUUCAUUAUUAUGAGAAAUCCAAAGCCUUCCAUAUUGACCCACAUACUGGUCAGAUCUGUGUAUCUCAAGACAUUGACAGGGAAGAAAAUCCAACCACUUAUGACCUCUUAGUAAAAGCUAUAGAUGGGGGUGGGCUGAGUGCCCAAGCUUUUGUUCGCAUUGAGAUAGAAGAUAUUAAUGAUAAUCAACCUGUUUUUGAACAAGAGGUCUAUGUGACGAGCAUCAGUAGUCGCACACAACCAGGAGUAGAGAUCAUCAAUGUUGUUGCCACAGACAGAGAUUCGGGAAUAUAUGGUGUUGUCACAUAUGAACUGGUCCUGGGAGAAUUUUCUUCUUUUUUCACAGUGGAUACAUCCACAGGAAUUAUUUACCUGAUCUCAUCUCUUGACCACCUGGUUCAUUCUGUGCUCUUCCUGACUGUUUCUGCUCGGGAUGGGGGUGGCCUUCCCUCUGCCACCAAUGCAGCCAUCACAGUAAACAUCCUUCAGACUGCUUCAGCUCCUGCCAUAUUUGAGAGAUCCCGGUAUGUGUUCUCUGUUCCUGAAGAUGCACCUGAAGACAGCCCAGUUGGCACUGUAAAGGCCAGAGAGCCACCAAAUUCUUUAGAAGUAGUUUCUUACAGAAUUUCUUCUGGUGAUCCACAUGAAAGAUUCUCUAUUGACCCCCGGUUUGGUAUCAUCUGCACCAAAAAAAAGCUUGACCACGAAACUCAGUCUGUUGUGGUGCUCACCAUUCAGUCACAGUUGGGUAACUUGCCUGUCUACAGUAGCACCCAGGUCAACAUAUCUGUGAUAGAUGUUAAUGACAAUCCUCCAAUGUUUCUUACCAAAUCUGACGAGGUAAUUAUUUCACAUACCCAGCCUCCUGGCACUGCUGUCUAUAUUGCUCAUGCAGAAGACAAGGACAGUGGCCUAAAUGGGGCAAUCAAAUACAGUAUUGCAAGCAUGCAGUCAAAUGCAUUUAGCAUUGAUCCAAGCCUUGGAGUGGUAAACCUCACCAGGACAGUGUUUGCAGAUAAGCAGCAGGAAUAUACUCUACACAUAGCAGCUGAAGACUGUGGAAAUCCUCCUCUGACUUCUGUGCUGAUGUUGACAGUGAUUAUUGAAGAGAAGAAGAUGGCCCCUACUUUGGUUUUUCAAAACUUGAUGUAUCAAAUAGAAAUCAGUGAAGCAACCUCUCCAGGUGCCCGAAUCCUUCAGGUUCAAGCCCACUCACUCGAACCACACAGUUUUACCUCUAAGCUGACAUAUUCCUUAGAACCUAGCACAGAUUCCGUUGCAUUUGGAAUCAGCUCUGAUACUGGCUGGAUUUAUCUUCAGAAACCUUUGAACUAUGAAUGUGCACAGAUACUAAGUUUUAGAGCCCUGGUCACCACCACCUCCAAGGAUGAAAACCUCAGACAAAAUGCAAGUACAGCAGUAAUAGUUAAUGUCCUAGAUGAAAAUGAUAAUUCUCCCAUGUUUAUGCAUGACAGCUACUUCUUUGAAGUGGAAGAAAAUCCACUCCCAAGGGGUGUGGUUGGCACCGUUACAGCAGUUGACAAAGACUCAGGAAGAAAUGGGCAACUUUCCUAUUUCCUCUUAUCUGAUGGAAAGUAUUUCAAGAUGAAUUCCAACACAGGUGAAAUCAUAAACUGGGUUGCGCUGGACCGUGAAAAACAAUCUCAUCAUCAGCUGACUGUGCUAGUGACCGACCACGGCUCCCCACGCCUCAAUGCCACCGCAGCAGUGUACAUCGUGGUGAGGGACCUCAAUGACAACCAGCCCCGCUUCCCGCAGGCGGGGCCUGAGCAGGAGCUGCGCCUCAAGGUUUUGGAAGGGCAGCCACCAGGGACACUUAUUACCACUAUCUUUGCAAAAGACUUUGAUUCUGGAAACAAUGGUGUUGUACUGUAUUCAGUAGAAUCAGAAGAGGAUAUAGGAUACUUCCAGAUUGAUGCUGUCAGUGGGGAGUUAAGAACAACCCAAUCUCUAUCACAUACUGAGAGAUCAGACUACAGAAUGAUGGUCACAGCCAGGGACCAGGGGAUGCCUUCACUUCAAGGGCAUGCUGCUGUUUACAUUGAGGUAAUCCCACUACCCAACAUGACAUUUGUCAUCUCUCAAGGUGUCAAGCAUUUUGUCAUACCUGAAAAUUUUAAACCUGCACAAAUGGUGAAUUCUCUGAAGUGGCCUGAUAAUCAUCCAACAACUAAAAGGAGACUGCAUUUCAGUAUCGCUAAAGAUGAUGAUGUUCAUUUUGAAAUAGACAGCUUGACAGGAAACCUUUUUCUUUCCAAGGAACUUGACUACGAAACAGCUACACACUUCCUUUUGCAAGUCAUUAUAAAGGAUUAUAAUGAUACUCCUCCACAGAAUAACACCGUCUUCCUAAGUAUUGAUGUAGAAGAUGAGAAUGAUCAUUCUCCAUAUUUUCAAGAUGACUUUGUAGUGAUUGGCAUAGAGGAAAAUGUACCUGUUGGCACUCUGGUGUAUACGUUCGAUGCAAAAGAUGGAGAUGGCAGUUUUCUGAACAGCAAAAUACAGUAUUCCUUAGAGAAGAGUAACUUGAGUGAAAAUCCAUUUCGUAUUCACCCUUCCUAUGGCACAUUGACUACAGCUUUUCCACUAGAUAGGGAGACUACUCCCUCCAUGACCCUUACAGUGUCUGCAGCAGACCAGGCAAUAAACCUGACUAAUCGCAGGCUUGAUUCCCUGGCUGUGAAAAUUGUUAUUUUGGAUAUCAAUGACAACAGCCCCAGUUUUAUGUCUUUGCCUCUCUCCUAUGUCAUGGAGGAUGUGGAGGUGGGCUUCCUCGUGCACAACAUAAUUGCAAAGGAUCCUGAUGAGGGAAGAAAUGGACAAGUCACAUAUCACAUUCUUUCAGGCAAUGAAAAUAAAGUAUUUGUAUUGGAUAAAAUCACAGGACUGUUAACUACAGCACAGCUUCUGGACCGUGAGACUCAAGGGCGCUACAGUUUGACAGUUAUGGCUCUUGAUGAUGGCAGCCCAGCUCUCUCUGCCACACAGGUUCUAACUAUUCUUGUUCUUGAUGUUAAUGAUGAGACCCCAAUAUUUCUGAAGCAACUUUACGAGACUGCAGUUCCUGAAAACCGAGAUCCAGGGGAGUUUGUUGUAAAGGUGGAAGCUGUGGACAAAGAUGCAGGACUGAAUUCCUUGCUUCAGUAUGAAAUCUUACCAGGAGCUGGUUUUGGGAAAUUCAGGAUCAACCCAAGCAGCGGAGAGCUUGUAACAGCUGUAUCACUGGACAGGGAAACUCAGGAGGUCUUCAGUAUUAAAGUUUUGGUUCGAGAUAGUGGAGCCCUAUCGCUGUCAAGCACGGUGACUGUUAUCUGCACAGUGCUAGAUGAAAAUGAUCACACUCCCACAUUUCUUGUUCCUGACCCUGAGAUCCAAAUUCCAGAGAACCAACAGCCUUCCGUCAUUUACAUUACCCAGGCUGUAGAUAUGGAUGCUGGCAAUAAUGGAGCUCUAAGAUACAAAAUAAUUGGUGGAAAUGAUGGAGAAUACUUUGCACUAAAUAACACUUCAGGAACACUGAUGGUCACUCGUAGCUUAGACAGAGAAGACAUCAGCAACUUCACUCUCACAAUUGAGUGCCGUGACCUAGGCAAUCCUUCAAGAAGCUCCACUGCACAGCUCUAUCUUACUGUCUUGGAUGAGAAUGAUCACAACCCAUUGUUUGCAAAGACCCAGUAUCAAAUCUCUGUGAGAGAAGACCUAGAGGAAGGCUCAACCAUCCUGGACCUCCUUGCUUCUGAUGAAGAUGAGGGCCUGAAUGGUGAAGUUACGUACUCCCUCAUUGACGACACCUUUGGAGUGUUUGCUAUUGACACUGUAACAGGAUCUAUACUUACUACAAAGGCACUGGACCGAGAGACCAAAUACCAGUAUACAUUUAGGGCUGUGGCAAGUGACUGUAGCACCCAUUUGCCAAGAAGCACCACUGUCAGUGUUGUGGUAUAUGUUGAUGAUGUCAAUGACAAUGAUCCAGUUUUUUUGCAGAAUCCCGUCAGGGCCUUUGUACCAGCUGAAACUUCUGUGAAUGAGAUAGUAGCCACUGUGAGAGCAGAGGAUGUGGAUCUGGGAUCAAAUGGAGCUGUUGUUUAUAGUUUAAUGGCAGCAGAUACUCUAUUUCAGAUCAAUGUGAAGACCGGGGACAUCACUCUUCAGAAGCCUUUGACUUCCAAAGACUUCACUAAUCAACUGCUAGUGAUAGCUUCAGAUCAAGGUAUCUCACCUCGAAUAGCCACAGCCGUUGUCAUUAUCUUGACAGAGGAACAAGAGGAGGAGAUUUUAUUCAGCCAUAGCCUGUAUGAAGCAAGUGUGCCUGAGAACAGUGCACCAGGUACAUCAGUUCUAACUGUGGAAGCUUAUGAAAGCAGUUUCACAGGAGAAGACAUAAAAUACAGCAUCUUCAGUGACAAGGAAAGCAUAUUCUCCGUUUGUGACAUCUCAAUACUACUUUGUUUUAAUAAACCAGGUGCAAUCACAGUGAAAGAGCCAAAGUUUCUUGAUCAUGAAGUUAAGAAUAAAAUACAUCUUUCAAUUUUGGCUGAAAAUAGUUUGAAUUCAGCACUCUGUGGAGUGACAGUUUUGAUACAAGAUGUGAAUGACAAUGUUCCUAAAUUUGAGCAAAGCCAUUACAAAGCAUCAGUAUGGGAAGGCCAAAGCCCUCAAACAGACAUCAUACAGGUAUUUGCAACUGACCUUGACAGUGGGUUGAAUGGAGAAAUGGAGUACUCAAUUUUAUCUGGUAAUGAAAAUGCAGCCUUUCUAAUUGAUUCAGCACGAGGGAUUAUAGCAACUAAUACAGUCUUGGAUCAUGAAAAUGCUUCGUCUCACAGGCUGGUUGUACAAGCUGCUGAUAAAGGAAAUCCCAGACUUUCUUCUACAAGUCUUGUAAGCAUACAAGUGUUAGAUAUUAAUGACAAUGCUCCGAUUUUCCAACCUCUAGAUGAAGUGGAGAUCCUAGAAAGUGCCCUGCCUGGUUUUAUAGUGACUCGGGUAUCGGCAAGUGAUGUAGACUCCAGGCCAGCACUUCAGUUUGGCUUUAUUUGUAAUAGUUGUGGAAUGAAAUUUGCCAUCGAUCAGCACACUGGUGUAGUCAUGUUGGUGGAACCACUAGAUUUCGAAGAAACUGCUGUGUAUAAACUGAGAAUCAUCGUUUCAGAUUCUGUGCAUCAAACAGAAGCAGAACUCACCAUCAUUGUUUUGGAUGUCAAUGAUAACCCACCAGUGUUUACUCAGGAUUUGUAUCAGGUGAGCUUGCCAGAGCUCAUUUCUAUGGGUGCCACUGUUCUGACAGUCUCUGCCGUGGAUAGGGAUUCGGAGCAUAACGGAAUGGUUUCCUACAAAAUCCUCUCUUCCUCUGAGGGAUUUUCCAUUGAUCACAAGAAUGGUUCAGUGUUCACUAUGGGACCAGUGACACAACUGGGAAAGAUUUCCUGUAUUCGACUCCUGAUAGAAGCCACAGAUGGUGGCAGUCCCACUUUGAGUGCGAUUACCGCCGUAGAAGUGCACAUAGAAGAUGUCAAUAACUAUGCCCCGCAGUUCACAAGGGUUCUUUACAAUCUCAGAGUGAGCGAGGAUGCCUCAGCUGGAGAAAGUGUCCUCACAUUUUCUGCUGUGGACCAUGACUGGACACAUGAAAACGCCUAUAUUGAAUACUCCAUUAUUGACGGCAAUGCUGUGAAUUUAUUCUCUGUGGAAACAAGUGUGGUGGAGUCAGAAACAUCCUACAAACUUGUUGGCAGUCUUGUUUUGAGCAAUACUCUUGACAGGGAAAUGGCAGCUUCACACAGUUUGGUCCUCCUUGCCUCCAAUCGUGGAACACCCUCCUUAAAUUCAACUGCUACUGUGCUAAUAACUGUACUGGAUGUUAAUGAUAAUCCUCCAGUAUUUAGCAGCUCAGAGUACCGCGUUCACAUCAAAGAAAGCGUCCCUGUAGGUAGCCAUGUCACUGAAGUUACAGCAAGUGACUGUGAUGCAGGCACUAAUGCAGAGAUCACUUAUGCUAUCAUCUCUGGAAAUGACAGGGGACAUUUUCGCUUGGAUGGGAAAACGGGAGCAGUGGAUUUGAUGAAAGCGCUGGAUUAUGAGGAUACCAUAACAUUCACUUUGGUCAUCCAAGCCACAGAUGGAGGAGCUGAUGUAAAAAAUGUGGCUUUUUCUGUUGUUCUUGUUAGCGUCCUGGAUGACAAUGAUUAUGCCCCGCUGUUUCUGUUUCCCAGCCUGAGCUGCACUGUCAGUGAAAAUCUGCCUACCUUUUCUUUUGUGUGUGCUGUUAAUGCACUGGAUUUUGAUAAGGGCUCCUAUGGACAUCUUACCUACUCCAUCCAGUCUUCGUGUUUGGCUCAUCGUGAAGUUCCUAGAGACCAUGACAUGUUCUUCAUUGAUCGUUUGACAGGAGAUAUUCUUACGAAGCAAAUGUUUGACUAUGAAAGUCUGAAUAGGUACUGUCUCAUCAUCCAAGCAAAAGACAAAGGUGAUUUGCUGGCUACUGUUACAGUCCAGGUGGAUAUUGAGGGGGCAGAUGAAUUUGACCCCAUCUUUACACAAGAUCAAUAUUUCUUUAAUCUCCCCAAGAGGAAUGAAGCAGGCCAGUUGCUUGGCAGAGUGACAGCAUCAGACAGCGAUGGUGGACUGGAUGGAGUUGUUCAUUACUCCCUGCUAAAAACAUCUCCAUUCUUUUCUGUGAAUCAAACCACUGGUAAUAUUUAUUUGACUCAGAGUGUUCACAGAAAGAAAAACAGCAGCAAAAGGAAUGAUGACCCCCUGGAAUUGUUGGUAAGGGCUCACAGCCCAAAAAUUGGGUCAAAGUUCACAAUAUGCACCGUUCUGGUGAAUAUCUCCAGUUCUCCUGAGUGUUAUCCUAUACUGUCAGCAUACAGACUGACCAUUAGCGUUUCAGUCUCCUUGGUAGUGUUCCUACUGCUUGUAGUCAGUCUCAUCGUGCUUAUUCUGAGACAUAAGCAGAAAGACCUAAUGAACUUUUGUGUGAGAAAAGAAGCUGCAGCCUCCUCAGCUACUGAUGUAAAUUCAGUCAGUGAAGGUAAGGACUGCCAUAAAAUCCAGAGUACUGAGAGCAGUAUGCUUCCCAUGGGUGCUAUAGCAGAAUGGUUGAACCUAGCAGGAAUUGGAGAAGGGAAGGAUGAUGGUGUCUCCUGCAGGCAUUCAGACUCCAGUGGCCAUGGUUCUGCUGAAGGAGAAACUGCAGAGGAUGAGGAAAUCAAAAGGAUCAAUGAGCAUCCUUGCAGAAAGAGUACUGUCUCAGUGCUUAGUGAGUGUGGCUCACGGGUGCCAGAUUCGGGGAUCCCAAGAGAGUCUGAUCAGCUUUCCUGUGAAUCUGGUGAAAUGGAUGACAUAGCUAGCACACAAAGCAUGGAGAGUGUGUCAGCCAUUAAAGGAGAAGGCAGAGAAGCAGCCUGUGAGAUAGUCUAUGCAUAUAAAAUGUUGUCUCAAACACUGAAGAAAAUGGAAAUAAAAGAGAAAGACAUAAUGACAGACCUCACAAGAGAAUAUGUCUUGAUGUCAGAGAGACAAGACUCUGGGUAUGAUUCCCUUGCAACGCUUAGCACCUCUGAUGAAGAUUUUGGAGGUGGUUGUAACUGGGAACCCAGAUUUCAACCUUUUGCCUCAGUGUUUAAUGAUAUUGCAAAACUGAAAGAUGAGAAUGUACACAUUCAUAGCUUCCCUAAGGAGAAGUCGUCUUCUGUUUUCCCUCCUCCCUUGAUAACAUCAGUAGCUCAGCCUGGUGUCAGGACAGUGCCACCACGAAUGCCAAAUACAAUAUCAGGACAAACAUUUAAAAAAUGUCCUCGUUCUCCCCUUACCCAUAGUCCUGAAUACCCUCCACCAACCAUGACUCCCAGUUUUUCUCCCUCUCUCUCUUUACUCACCAUGCAGAUACCUACUGCUCCUCCAGUAGUGUCUGAUAGGAAAAUGAUAGGAACAUGUCUUAUUGAUCCAAGCCAUGAACUUGCAACAGAGGAAGAAAUUCAGGUUUAG